AUGUCUUAUAUCUCCGUUUGGAAACCCAUAUCGGUCAACCAAAGCAACAGACCUGUCCUAGAAACCGAUGAACACGAUAUAUAUGUCCGAGAUGGUGUAGGGAUAUAUCAGGGUAAAUCCAAGAUCUUAGAACGUCAAGAUGGUAGGAUCUAUUUAACCAACAGACGCAUAAUCUAUUUUGAUAAUAAGGUCAAUAGCAACAGUUGCUGUGUUUAUCUCACAGAAAUAUCUCAUGGUGAACCUAUAGGACGAUUUCUUCGAUCAUCUCCUAAAGUAAAGUUGUAUUUGAGAAAGGGCACAAUUGAGUCAAGCAAUAAUAACAAUAAUAAUAAUAAUAUUAGUAAUAAUAUUAAUAACGACAAUAAUAACGUUUCAACAUCUUCUCCAUCUCCUCCUCCUCCAUUAUCUUCAACUUCCUCCUUAUCUUCACUAACUUUAAAGCCAACUAAAGUCACUUGGACUUGCCAAAUAUGUUCCUACAAUAACGCUGAUUAUUUCACCGGUAGUCAAUUGGAUACUGGUGCUGUUAAACUUAAAUGUGCUUCCUGUGGUAUCCCUCCAUCUAUUCCUUAUAUUAGACGGUUCUUGGUUGCUCCUACUCAGACGUCUAAUGCUGACCAAGUUACAGAUAGACAACCCUCUUUAGAAGUUAACUCCAGUGGUAGUAGUUCUAACCUUAAGUCGUCUAAGAACACCAUUGAAUGUCCUCGAUGUACAUUUAUUAAUCAUUCCUCGCUUACCACUUGUGAAAUCUGUGGGAGUUAUUUACUACAAACUGCGUCUUUGGAAUUGAAAACAAAUUCCAUAGUUGCACCAUCGUCAUCAUCACAAACAGCUAGUGUUGAUAUUGAACUCGAAGAUGGCAUUGAAGCGUAUACUAAUAACAAAGCUUAUAUUAAGGUUAGUUUCCGUAAAGGUGGAGGGGAAAUCGAGUUCAAUAACCUUGUUAACACUGCUAUUGAGGACAUCAAAUGGGAUGAAUUGACUAAAAGAGGUGGUGUGAAUGAGAAUGCUGUGAAAUUGAAUCAACAACAGAAACCUCUUGUUAGCACCGGGAAAGCAGUAAGAGCUGGAAUCAGUGGAUUAGAGGUGAAAAAUGAAUUGACUAGGAAAACCAAUGAAAUAGUUUUACAAGAUUCACUUUAUGAUUUGGAUUUAUUGAUGUUCAAGUUUGAAGAUAUCAUGAAGAUUUCUGAAUCAUUUAAACCAUUACUUAAACAGAAUUCGCUGGUGAUUACUAAUCGAAGAUUUAGUACUAAUAGUAUUAUACCCGAAUUGAACACAAGUAAGAAAUCGAAUAUCUUCCAUCAAGAACUUUCACGACAUUUAAGUGAAUAUUUAGAUAGCUAUGAAUUGGUUAAACAAACUUCAAUGAUUACCACCCAAGAUUUGUUUGCGAAUUACAAUAGAUAUUUAACCAUGAGUCAAGGGUUUGGAACAGAGUUGAUAAGCGCUUUGGAUUUCAAUAAGGCUAUCUCAAUGUUUGAUACUCUUCAUCUUCCAAUCAUGGUCAAGAAAUAUGAACGAUCUGGCUUGCUUGUUGUUGUGAGACGGUCCGAGGGCUUACACGAUAACUUCAUUGCCUUAGUGCGUAAGUUUCUCGCUCUACACCAACAACUGCUAGCAUCCAACUUUAUCGAGGAGGAGAUAGCAGACGAAGAAGAGGAGUUAAGAGGAGGAACAUCUGUCAUCAAACAUGCUCGUGGAUGUAAUAUUAAAGAGAUUAGUGAAGAGUUUAGCUGGUCUUACAACAUCACUAUUGAAGAAAUGGAACGAUGCAUACAAAGUGGAACGGUGAUAGUGGAUCAACAUAUUUCCGGGACAUUUUAUUUUGUUAAUGAUAUAUGGUGA